GUUGGGUAAGCAGAAAGAAACUUUGAAUCUGCCGAGUAAAAGACCAGUUCAUGCCUCUGUAGAAAUGCCUCAGUAAAAGUACACAACUGUUCUGCACAACAACAGCAACAGCCAAAUCUAACAGUGGAGGUGGCAGUAUGGCGUCUGAGGGAAACGAUGACCUGGUUUUAGACGCUAUAUUCAAUCCGAGUUUACCAGUAGUUGCAUGCGAAAAUACAGUGAAAGACUGUGAUCAGUGUGUUGAAGAAGAAUAUGUUGAAGCCAGUGUAUUAAGCAAAGUGAAGGAAUUGGAAAUCGAAGGGGUAAAUGCAGCAGAAUCGGGUGACUUCGAUAAAAGUUUGGAGGCAUUUAACAGUGCCGUCAACUUAGCUCCCAACCAUGCAUCAAGCUAUAAUAACAGAGCUCAGCUUUAUAGGCUAAAAGGUGACAUUGAUGCUGCACUCCAAGAUGUCAAUACAGCCAUUGAAUUGAGUAAGGGACAUGGAAAAGCUGCUGCCCAAGCUUUUACCCAGAGAGCAAUGAUAAGGAAGUUGCAGAGUGAUGAUGAGGCUGCUUAUCAUGACUUUAAAGCUGCAGCAGCACUUGGAAAUACUUUUGCAAAAGCGCAGGCAAUGCAGAUGAAUCCUUACGCUGCUUUGUGCAAUCAAAUGCUUAAAGAGGCUAUUGGCAAGUUAAAAAGAGGAGAAACUGACUAAUUGAAUUGCAUUUCAUUGCUUCUGAGUGCCAUUUGAAUAGCAGUAUAACUGCAAAGAUAAUAUCACAGGCCUGGCCAUUUGAGGAGAGCCAUAGCUCUUGCUCCCCUCCAGGCUCUCCUCCGUUCUCCUCAAACGCUGGAGGGAAGCUAGAGGUAGCUCUCCCAAAUUGUUCUAAAAAGCAAAUUUGCCCUCCUUGAAAUCAAUUUUUCCUUUGUUUCUAUUCUUAUAGCUCACCUGAAUACUACUAGGAGAGCUGUUUACUGCUCCCCUGUUAGAAGUCUUAUGGCCAGGUCUGACAUCACCCAAGCCAGUCUGAUUGUUUCCUUAUAUCUUGGUAUGUUAUCCCACCAUUUAGCAACAUCUAUAUGCUGCUCUGGUUUGUCAGCCUAUCCAAGUCAUUUAAGUGAUGAAAAAAGUAUACUUCAUCCAAAAUUGUAAUAAUUGGAGCUGAAACCUUUGGACAAGGUUUCUCAAAAAUUACCACAAAUACAUUUAUAAACCAAGAAUUAUUUUAUAUUAGCCUUAAAACACUUUUUUGUGCAAGAAUUGCACAGGUCUGUCUCUGAUAUUUUUAUAAUAGAAGAUGAUAUUCAAGUAUUAUGUUUAUUUUGCUUGAAAUAACUUUUUCAGAACUGCUGUAAAUUAACCAUCUUGGGCCACUCCCACCAUCAACAAUGUAUCAUAUUGGCUGAAUUGUCAAAACAAAAACAUAUCAUACAUUUUAACAGAGUUGAUCAUUGUACUUAAUUUUUCCUGGCUAAAUACAAUUCUUUCUUGGCUAAAUACAAUUCUUUCCUAAAGCCAGCAAUUUUUACCUGUAUGGAGUGGUCGUUUAUAGCCACCUUUAUCAAAGACUAAAGACAAUGCCCCCACUUUUCCAAUCUUUGCCAAGAUUGUGAUGGUUUAAACUCCCACCCCCUUUGCUUCAGCAUGCUUGAGCUCUAUCCAACAUAUCAAGGAUUGAUUUUAUAGAGCUAUACAAUACCAUUGUUAUUUAAUUAUCCUGGCUGUAACUGAACCAUAUCCUUGUAUAUGUUUUAUCCUUUCCUUGAAAAUAGCAGAGUGUUAGUAUUCUUUAGAAAUUAUUUAAAAUUUAAAUUGUAAAUUCUCUAAUGAGCAUCCAUUGUAAUAAUAAUAAUAAUAAUUGAAGCUAAAUCUCCAUUUCGGAGCAGUUACCCAACUACUGGGUAUCACAAGCUGGUGCUAUAAUUUUAGCCAAUCUUUUUAUUUCUAUUUCAUCCAUUGGUAAGAAAUUUUUGAAGGGUGUUGUUGAUACUUUUAAGAAUUUUUGAAUUAUUUGUAGCUAAACAUGUUUUUUCCAUCUUGGGUUUUUGAUAAAAACUUGGGCAAUCCCAUAAGUGUUCAAUAUAUUCCUCAUGGGCCCCACAUCUUCUGCAAAGAGAAUCAGAGUACUUUCCUUUGUAGUUCGCUCUUAAGUCAACCAUGUUUAGUUUUAAUUUCAGCAGGGAUGACGCGUCUUCGCACCCCAGAUACUCUUUCAUUUCAAAUUUACUACCCUUGAUAAAUCUAAGUUUAGUCUUACUAUUAUUUCUAAUGUUAUUCUCUAUGAUUAUGAUCAUUUUUUCUCUAACAACUUUUUUCCACUGUUCUUUGGUUAAAUUUUUGAUCUGAUUUUCUUUGAGGUUAAUAUCAAUCAGUUUUAUGUCACUAAUCACUUCUUUAUACCAACAGUUUGGGAAAUUUAAACGUUUUUGCUCUUCAUAAACUAUCUUGGUCAAUCUACUUUCGUUCAUGUUUAAUACCUUAUGGAAGUAUAUUAAUCUUUUCUCUUUUAUUCUAAAUUCCAUAGGCAUCAGGCCACAUUCAAGGACUAUUCCAUCAUAUGACAUUGAUUGGGGUAGAGAGUUAAUUAUUGUUACUGCAUCUUUUUGCAAUUUUUCUAAGUUUUUAAAUUGCUUAUUAGUUACGUUAGUCCAUGUUUCACAUGCGUACAGAACUUUUGGCAUCAAAAUUGCUUCAAUCAGUUUGAUACUGAUUGCAAAACUUUGUUUCUUGAGUGCCUCCUGUUUAAUAAGGAAUUUUAUUUCUUUAAUAACUCCCAAGGCAGUGUUGAUUCGUUUACUGAUGCACAAAUCCAAGGUUCCUUUGUUAUUUUUCAAGUCCCCUAGAUAUUUAUAUGACUCUACUUCUUUAAUAACUUGGCCAUUUAAAAUUAAAGUUUCUUUUUGGAAUUUUUUACUUUUGCUAUAUUGCAUGAUCAUUUGUUCACUUUUAUCCAAGUUGAAAUUCAGAAGGUUUUUCUUUUGAAACUCUUCAGCAAUAGUAAUCAUUUCCUGCAUUUUCUUGUGAGAUAUGGAAGCAAUUAAUAUAUCAUCCUGGUAAAGUAGUGGAGGUAUCAAAAUGUUCCCAAAGUUAAUUCCUAGGUUUUCUCUUUUUACUAUUUGCAUACCUUUAUCAAUAUGAUUGGCACAGAUGGGGGCUGCCAAGAUAGUUCCUUGUUUUAAAUUUUCUUUAAUUCUAACCUGUCUUGUAAUUCCACUAGGUGUGUGGAUUUGAAUGUAUCCUUCAUUGUUUAAUUCGUAGACAUUUUUAAGAAAGUUUCCUUUCACCCCACUUCUAUACAUAUCUAUGAUGCAAGACUUUAGCCACAGCUUAUCAAAAGCCUUCUCUAGGUCCAGGUACACAAACUUCACUGGGCAUUUUAGAUAUUUGUAAUAAUCGUUUAUUGCUUGCCAAAUAAACAAAUGAUCUAAUGUUGACCUACCCUUUCUUCCUCACUAGAUUUCUUUAUUUUCAGGCUUUUAAGUACUUUUUCCAGUUCCCAUAUUUCAAAAGGGGCAUCAUAUCUCUUCUUUUGUCCCUUCUGGGAUUGUAUUACUUUGGCAAAUAGCUUAUCAACUGAUCUUACAUGAUUUUUAUAUUUUUCAUCUGGCUCUCUAUUGGUGAGUAAUUUCUCAAAGUAGGUUUCAUGCUCCUCAAGGAUUUCAUUUUGUUCAACUAAUUCCUUUCCUUGCUCAUUGAUUACAGCAGUUGGGCAGUCUGCUUUUCUUCCUAAGAUUUUGGCCCUUAUCUUAUAAAAUUCUGAGCUUUGCACAGCAGCCCUACUUAACUUUUCAAUGUUUGCUUUCAUCCUAAUAUCUUUACUCUCAUUCUCUGUCCUCACUAGUUGGUUGUUCAAGUGUUUGAUUCUUAUCUUCAAAACACUUUCCCUCAAAUUGUCCUCUUUUUUGAUAGCUUCACUUAGUUUCUGUUUUAACUCUCUUUUCUUCUUUAUCAGUUCCCUACAUGCCCUCAUUGCAGCAUGGUGCUUAUUUCUGUUGUACCUUUUCUUAAAGCAUUUUGCCAUAAUUUCAUAUAUUUUCCUUUUCCACUCUUUAUAUAGGACAUUUACUGGUUUGUUUUGAUCCCAAACAUUUUCUAUUUUGUUAAUUUUCACUUGUCUAUCAAAUUCCUUAAGUGAGUCACUUGAUAAGACCCAGUGCCCUUGUUCCUUUUGAGGAUUUUGGCUAUAGACAUCCUUUUUCCUGAAGUUAAAGUCAAGCACCAUUGUAUUAUGAUCGGAUUCUUUCACACUAUAUUUCCCCACUCUUUCUAGAACAUAUCUCCUUUCUUCAUCAAUAAUCAUUCUAUCAAAUUUAUCAAAGCCUUUUUGAUUAACCAAUGCAUAAUCAAGUAUCGUCUUCUUAUUAACAUUACACUUGUCAGUAGUUGAUACCCUUGUCCAAAGCCCUUGGCAUUUAUCACUGUUGUUCAAUAUGUUUAAUUUUCUUUUCUUUACUAUUUUCAUUAGACUUUUUCCUCCUGUAGUUAUUUUAGGAUGGUUCCCUUUUAUGUUAUCUCCUACUUUUACAUUUAAAUCCCCUAGUAUUAUCAAUGCUUUGUCUUCAAUUUUAGCUUUUACAGCAUAAUAAUCAAUUUUAUCAAAGAAAGUAAAGUUACUUUUUAUUUUUGUCCUAGAUUCCUGUUUACCAUACACCACUCCCAAUAUUAUUUCCCUACAUCCAAGACUGAUGUUAGUCCAGACCUGUUCAUUAUCAUCAUCUCCUACCUCUAAGACUGUUACUUUAUCUUUUAGUGAAUUUUUAUAUAUCAUCCAUAUGCCACCACCUUCUUUUUUUUCCCUUCUUAAUUCUAUAGGAUCACAGUAUCCUUUUAGACUGAGAGGACCCUCACAGGUUUUAAACUUAGGUUCUGUUAUACAAAUUAUUGUAGGAUCUAAAUCCUCAAUUAUUGAACAUAAGCUGUCUAUUUUAGAUUUUAGACCAUUAGCAUUUGAAUACAGAAUUUUUAUCUUUUGUUUAUCAUACCUUCUUGUUUUUUCUUUAAUGUGAGCUUUUUUCCACUUGUUUCUCUUUACACAAGGGCAGGGUCCCAUGAUACCCAAGGGUGUUGAGGGACUUGUUGCUGCUGAUGGUAUUGUAUGUCUCUAACAAUUUCUUUUUUAAUACUAUCCAUUGAGUCUUUUAUGCAUUGUUCGAUCAGGUUUGUUACAUCUGUUUGUUGAAGAUAUCCUGUCUCUUUGUAUCUUUGUUUCUCUGGGUGUAAAAAUCUGCAAUCAGUUCUUAUGCAGACUCCUGUCAUGUGUGCAAAGCAUAAUCCUGAUGCCCUCCAUCUAUCCUUUUCAUCAGCAUUACCACCAAGCCCGCCUAUGUUGUGGGAGAAUUUACAAUUGUGCUUAUUAAUGUCAACUGUUGGUUAAUAAGUUGUCCUGAAUAUCGGGAGCACUCUUUAAGGCCACACAGGGGUUUUAAAUCUCUUUUUCAGAUCAGAUGCAGCAAAAAGAAAACUAGAUUGUCAUAAAAUCAAGUUUGAUCUAAACUUUAUUAUGAAGUUAUUUAUCAGUCUUCCACUUGAGGUCAAGAUAAAUGUCCUUUUUUGGUCAUUAUCAUUACCAACCCACUCACCAUCCUGUUUAUAGCCAGUAAUAUUGAAACAAAUUUGUUGGUAGGGUUGGUCAUUUGAAGGUGCAAGCAAGAAAUUAAUGACAAUUUUUUUGGGGGCACUCGUUCCAAGAGGGAUGCUAAUUUGAAGAUUUAUGGUGUUGUUUUAGCAAAAUGUAAUUAGAGUCGAAUCAAAGUACAUUUUGGUUGUCUUCUGUGUAUGUGAAAUUUGUGUCUUGCAAACUUUGUUUAAUCAUUUGAUAACUUGGCAACCAAUACUGUUUUUAGUAAUAAUGUUUAUAGCAAUCAAAUUUAUCGACUUGCUA